AUGAGAAGUAUCGGUAGCCGGCUGGGACCCGAUUUUGCGAAGCGCAGCAUUUUUAGCUGCUCCCCCUAUCCUUUUCCCAAGGAAAAAUGUCAGAUUCUACCAGUUCCUAUGGUGACGAAUAUUUUCAGUGCCGCCGACUCUCCAUCUCGGUACGAGUUCGCUGUGGCACGGGAAUUCUUCCAAGAGUUGGGCAGUCCGUUUCAUGUUGUCGUUGCCUUAAAAGCUGCGGAUGAAGGGAAUCUACUACGACCAAAAUACAUCGACAAGGCAAUAGAAAUAGAGGACUUUCUACAGUACAAGCUGAAAGUAGAACAUGAUGGGAAAUGGUAUUCGUAUUCGGAUUUUUGUGGUACACAAUGUGAAACCAGCGAUGCGGUUAGCAUAUUUCUUACAAUGUUUCGUGAUCAACAAAUGAAAGGCACGAAACAUGUGAAGCUUACAUAUCCCUCAAUGGACGUUUUUGGCCAUCAUGUUUACUUGGCGAACAACAUUUUUGUGGUAACCGUCAACAAUCUGUCUCAGAUCGUCGAAGAAUCUCGCCUGAUUGCAAUCAACUUCCAUGCAAUCUACAACAAUGAGAGCUCUGCAGUCUUUGAAUAUUCUCAAUCUACUCUGAAGGAUCCCCUUGUACACGUCUUCUGUACCAGUGAAGGUCUCGUUUCUGAAGAAGUCCGAAGGACAGGUAUUCUUGCUAUACCAUAUUUGGGAGUGACGUUUUUGAUAUUAAUGGUAUUCACAAUGACGACGACACUUCGAAGAGAUCCGGUGAAGAGUAAUCCACUUGAAUCAUUUCUUGGAGUCAUCUGUCCAAUUUUGUCGCUCGUUGCUUCAUUUGGGCAUCUUUUCUGGAUGGGAUUCGAAUUUCUACCGAUUGUCACGGUAGUACCCUUCUUAAUACUAGCUAUAGGUGUUGAUGAUGUGUUCAUUUUUAUCCACUGCUUUCAUUUGACAAACGAUAAGCUUUCCGUACGAAAGCGGAUCGCAGAGACGCUAGCUGAUGCUGGUCCAUCGAUCUCGAUUACGUCGCUCACUAAUUUGCUAUCUUUUGGCAUCGGUAUCUUCACAUCAACUCCAGCUAUCUACACAUUUUGCCUCUUUAUUUCUGUGGCGGUUAUCUACGACUAUAUCUACCAAAUAUUCUUCUUCUCGGCCGUACUGACAUUAGGAGGUCAUCGUGAAGCACGUCGAGGAAAUGCCUAUCUUUGCUGUAUGACAGUGCCUCCUCCGACAAAGCUCGAGAAAAAUGAGAAACCUUCGUGGAUUGUGCGACAGGCUUCAAAAAUGCUCGACGUCAUCCUUGAUGCAUGGGUUGAUUUCAGUCUAUCAAUCUGGAGCAAAUUCAUUGUGGGAGGAGUGAUGUUGGCCUACUGGGCAGUGAUGAUUCAUGGUGUUAUGCAAAUCAAAGUUGGUCUGUCGUCAGAAAAGCUCUUCCUCGAUGAUUCACCGCUUUUGGAACUUGUUCGAAUGCAGACGAAUGUAAUCUUCAAAGAAGGAGGCCAGGUUACUAGUUUCCUUCCCAUUUCUUGCCGAAACACAGAUUAUAACCAAAGCGGGAGGAGGGGACAUCGGAAAGCAAAGUCCCUAGGAAAGGUUUCCUAG